CCAAGUCCAGUCUUGACACAGAGCCAAUCUAUGAUGAAUAUGAUGAUAAUUAUAAUUUAAUUAUUGGUUCCAAAAGCCAUAUGCAGGAGUUCAAGUCCUUUGAAGCUCUUGGUCUGGAGAAUUUAGACCAACAAGUGGUCAAUUACAAAAGCCAACCUGCAGUGGCCUAUACUGAAGACACCAUGUUCUAUGACAUGGUAGUUGGCGACAAAACCGAUCUUGGGACAACGUCAUCUCCAAAAUUGCAAUUGAAGAUCAUGCUUCGUCAACCAACAAAGAUGCAUGGGGGGCAAUACUACUCCUUCUACGAGCCAAAUUUCUUCCAAGUUUUCGACGUGAAGUAUCUUUGUUAUUUUCUUCCAAGCUCCCGCGAGAGGGAUUUUCAUGCCAUAAAUUUUGAUGCAUCGGAGCUUGGAGUGAAGCAUAGAUGGCCUCCUCCGUGGCCUUCUAGAGUUAAAUUAAUAAAAAAAGAAAAUACAAAAAACAAAGUUAUGCGGCGCAUCAGUGACUGGCCGCGAGCGAUUGACCGCAUAAGCAAGCGACCAGGCAGCGAGCGGUCGCGAAGCCAAUUCCCCGCGAGUAAAAGCGAGCGAUCACAGAAGCAAGCGACCCCGAAGAGCGCGUGGCCGCGAGCGAAAGCAGACGAUCGCGAAGAUAUGGCCGCUAAGCGAGAUGGUCGCGAGGACAUCAGCGAGUGGCCGCGAAGCGAGUUCUAGCGAGGAACACUUCGCGAACGCUUUUCUAGCGAGCACUGAUCAAGUGAGGCGAACGCUAGCAAGGAACAAGAGGCAGAGCUCGCUGAAUACAGGUGGCCUGAGCUUCGCCAGCGAGGUUUGAUCCGGCAAAGCGCUUUGCAGAACUUCCUCCAACAAGAUGUGCGCGCGCAGGGGCGAAGUCGAUCUUAGGCCAGCGAGUGAGCUUUAAUGGACAACAUGCCAGCCACUGUGGCAGAUGUCAAGGCGGAACAAAGUGGAGGACUUUCGACGCUAAAGCACCUUCAGAGAGAGUUUCUUCUGGCAGCGAGCAGAACCGCGGGGAGCUACAUGUCCAAUCCGGAGUAAUCUCCCACUGUUUCUACGAAGAAUCAAGUUCAAUCCCCAUGACCCAGUGAUUGUUUGUGCUUUUUGUCGAUAGAUUAUUCCUCUGUGGGCUGUUUCUGUUGGAUUUUCAUCAUAAAUUUGGGAAUUUGAGAUAUGCACACAAGGUGUUUGAUGGAAUGCCUGAAAGAAAUUCAGUUUCAUGGGCUUUAUGAUUGCGGGCUAUGCUUGGCUGGAAACGUAGUGGAGAGGUCUGAUUGAUGAAAAUCUUGGAUGCAGCACUUGUUUUCAAUGCAGUUACACAGGGCAGCAGGUAAUUGUUUCUUCUCACAUAGGCAGAAUUCUGAAUUGCAGCGGUGAUUGGCAUGGAGCAAUAGUUAGUUGCCAUAGGCCAACCCAUGUGGCUUUCGAAAUUUAUUUGCUCAUUGAGGGAUUCUUGUUCAGCGUUCUACCGUUAUCGGAUGCAUAGGAAAGUGAUCUCUCCAUUUUCUUCGGGAAGAGGCCGGAGUUAUAUGGCUCAGUAUAUCUAAAUCCAAGAUAAAGCCUGUUUUGGAAAGAUAUACAUACCAGUAGCCUAACAGAAGGUUAUUUUACAACAAGAAAAGUUUAGCGGCAGGAAGCGACAAUGGUCAAUUCAGACGCAUAGUUCGUCAAAAAUAAAUUACAGGGGGUUGAAACUCUACUUCAGUGAAGCACUGUUGGUGAAUCUAAGAACAAGUAUGGCCAGACCGGAUAUUAGCUUGAUUUAGUCUCUGCAGAUGCUGGUUUUGACUAUUCAUGGUUGAUGGCCUUAGCAUUGCGUGAUUAAAAUAUAUGUAGCUGGUUGCCUCCAUCUGUAUGAGAUUGUGAUUUAUCCACAUGACAUGAAAGUGGUCUCCAAUAUUCAAGGCCAGUACAUGUGGCCCUCUGUUUUCAAUGAUGCAAAUGGUUCAUGCCCAUGACGGUUGCCUGAGCAAGCAUUUAUUAUUUUCUUCAGAGCCUUGAGAAUAAACUAAGGGAAGCUCCUACACGUAACUCGUCUCAUGCGACUAUUUGGCCUACACCAAUGCUCGAUCAUGUCCUUCUAAGACUAAUAUGGUGGUCAGAACAUAAGCAUAGAAGAUAUGUAGCUAUCCAACAAGGCCAAUAUCUGUGGCCUCUAUUUUUUCGACAUAACAUAUUUCGCCAAAGGAAAUUCAUCAGAGGUAGUUCAUAGCAUCUGUGGUCAAGCUAUCAUGGAUGAGGCCAAGUUAACAUUUUUGCCAAUACUUGUGGUGAAAAAGUUGCAGAGAAGUGGUGUGGCCUUGUGAAUGAAUGGUUUACGAAGGAAGAUUGGUGAUUAAUACAUGCACAUUUACAUAUGUUACCAAGAAGAGAGGAGGCGAUGCAAUAUGCAUAUCAGCAGUAAUGGUGUGCAUGUAUUGUGAUUCCUAAAUAUGUGGCCACGAUUCAUUUCGUCAGAAAGUACAAUUGAUGUAUAUCAAUCUCCUGGUGAUAAGAAGAUGUUAGAGGGCCUGACUAACUUGGCCACGUAUCAAGAAGUUGAUAGCCAUGAUUCAGGCAUGAUCAUCAGGCCAUAUAUUUGGUAUAUAUAUUCACUUUUUGCUUCAUAAUCACCACCAUGCUCUUCAGCGAACAGUUCGCAGUCAAAAACAGCUAGCCUUAUUCACUUGGGGGGCACGUUGAUGUCCUGAGAUCCCAUACUUUACAGAGUUUGCCAACCCUUAGCUCACCUCGCUUCAUUAGAGUUGGGGGGCACAUAGCGCAUGUUUGUGGCAUGAGUUUAAUGCCAAACUUUACAAUUAAGACUUGUUUAAGUGUCUUAAUCCCAACAAGGCCAAUAACUGUGGCCUUUUAUUGGUGAAAGCAUCUCUGUUAUCUUAACAUAAGAUGACAUUCGUACUGCAUGGCCUAUUUAAGAGGCCUAUACUUAAUCAAUCAAGUGAUUUUCAUUCUGUACUCAUCAGUUAAGCCAAUGCAAGUGGCUUUAAAGCGACGUUAUCGCAAGACG